ACCCAGGCUGCUAUCAGAACCUAGCAUUACUCCCAGAGCACUCGGUACUCAGCACUGAGAAGAUUUAUUCUUUGAGCUGAAAAUGAUGUGCAGUAGCAAGAAUUUGCUCCUGGCUACUUUGAUGUCAGUGCUGCUACUCCACCUCUGCAGCAAGUCAGAAGCAGCAAGCAACUUUGAUUGCUGUCUUCGAUAUACAGAACAUAUCCUUCAUCCAAAAUAUAUUGUGGGCUUCACACAGCAAUUGGCCAAUGAAGCUUGUGACAUCAAUGCUGUCAUCUUUUACACAAAGAAAAAAUUGGCUGUGUGUGCAGAUCCAAAGAGGAACUGGGUGAAAAAGGCUGUGCAAAUCCUCAGCCACAGAGUCAAGAAGAUGUAAAACAGAUGCUCUCUGGAAUGGAAUUGGACAGAGCCUAUGAACAAAAAGAAUCUAGCAGGAGUUGGCUGUUGAGAGUGUAGCACAUACCUGAUUUGUGCUUCAUUGGACUUGUCCAAUUAAUGAAGUUGAUACAUAUUGCAUCACAGUUUGCUUUGUUAAGCAUCACAUUAGAACCAAACUCUAUUUUAUUUUAUUUAUAUAUAUAUAUAUAUAUAUAUAUAUAUCUAUAUGUGUCUUUUUGUGUGUGUUUUUACUAUUUAAUACUAAUUUUCUAUAAGCUAUUUGGUUUAAUACGAGGUAUAAUGUUAUGUUCAGAGAAAUGAGGUUAUAUGGACUUUCUUGUAAGCAGCAAGCUCUUUGUAAAAAACUAUUUAACAUUUUUCUUCUACAUUGUUUUGUUUCCAGAACUGUUGUAAUUAUCCUGUAAAAAAGAAAAAUUAUGAUAAAAAUAAAUAUUGAAAAUUAAAGAAUGAACUAAAAUUGUUUGUUAAUAGAGUUAUA